ACCCUGAAGCUCACCAUGCUCCGACUGCUGAGUUCCCUCCUGCUUGUGGCCCUUGCCUCAGGCUGUGGACAGCCUUCCUACAACCCCUCCAGCCGAGUUGUCAAUGGCGAGGAAGCUGUUCCCCACAGCUGGCCCUGGCAGGUUUCCCUUCAGUAUGAGAAGGAUGGGAGCUUCCACCAUACCUGUGGUGGCUCCCUCAUUACUCCUGACUGGGUUCUGACUGCAGGCCACUGCAUCUCGACUUCCCGCACCUACCAGGUGGUACUGGGGGAGCAUGAACGUGGUGUGGAGGAAGGUCCAGAACAGGUGAUCCCCAUCAACGAUGGAGACCUCUUUGUGCACCCCAAGUGGAACUCCAUGUGUGUGAGCUGUGGCAAUGACAUCGCCCUGGUCAAGCUCUCAAGAAGUGCCCAGCUGGGAGACGCAGUCCAGCUUGCCUGCCUCCCUCCUGCUGGUGAAAUCCUACCCAAUGGAGCACCCUGUUACAUCAGCGGCUGGGGCCGGCUCUCCACCAAUGGACCUCUGCCAGACAAGCUGCAGCAGGCCUUGCUGCCUGUCGUGGACUAUGAACACUGCUCCAAGUGGAACUGGUGGGGUUUGUCCGUGAAGAUGACCAUGGUGUGUGCCGGCGGCGAUAUCCAGUCUGGCUGCAACGGUGACUCUGGAGGACCCCUCAACUGUCCCGCUGACAAUGGCACCUGGCAGGUCCACGGUGUGACCAGCUUUGUGUCCUCCUUGGGCUGCAACACCCUGAGGAAGCCCACAGUGUUCACCCGCGUCUCAGCCUUCAUCGACUGGAUUGAGGAGACCAUUGCCAACAACUAGAUCCAAGGUUCGGCUGGCAGAGAGGACCCCAGGUCCUCUAAAGAAUAAAGAGCUUUCUGAAAAUC